UAUUAAUCUAACUUUUCUUGGGAAAUUCAUAGAUUUAGUGAAGGUGAGUAUCAUAGAGUUUUGGAGGUAAAACUGAUAUCGAAUGGUUGAGAUGUUGUUCUUUGAAAGUCUAAAACUAUCAAAUGUUAUAUAUUAGUGGUUAUUGAUUUUGUUAUGCUUUGAUGACAUAAUUGAUAAAGGAAAGUUGAAAUUUAAGUUGAUAAAAUUCAGGAGACUUAGUAUGGAAGAGUUAUUUCUUAAUCGCAUAUUAAACUCUGUGGAAAGCCUACGGAAUGAGUAUCGGGAGGUGAAGGAUAGUGUACGGAUUAUAAUGGGUGAUUUGCAGACAUUAAUUGAUCUUAGGAAACGUAGAGAUGAUGAGCGAAGAAUGUAUGAAUGUGAAAUGGUUACAAGAUUUGGCAGCAAUUCUGAUGAUGAGAAACUCGUGAACCAAAUGAUUUAUGAUGAAGGAAAAGGGUUUGAUUUGGAUAUCCAGCGAGUUCGUUUCGUCGAAGGGGGUAAUAAGUAUGAAACUAAGUUUGGAGAUAUCCAUGGUGGUGAAGUACCGAAGCGUAAAAGUCAAUUCGGGGAGUUGAAUCACCCCACUUCUUCUUCUGGUUUGAGUGGUAUUAAAUUUGGUUCUGUAAGUUCUACUAAUUUAUGUAAGAAAAAUGAAAAGGUUAUACAUAAGACGGAGGCUAGUUGUGGGGGAAUGAAGAGGGGAAAAUUUGAUGAUAAAGUUUUUAAGAUGUCAUCCCAAUUUGGAGAAACUCUACUGCAGCGUGAGAUGUCGAUGAAAAAGGCUAGAGUAGGUACAAUAAAGUCGAUGACAUUAUUUACAGACGUUAAGGGAACAAGCCAUUGUCGGGCAGGUGCAUUAGGUGGUAGUUCCCAUAUUGGAAAGGUAACGAUGAUAUUAAUUUUUUUUUUGAAUUGUUCAAUAUUAUUGUCUUUAGUACCGAAUAUUAUGUAUAUGUAGGGUGAGAGUAGUUCUCAGUCAUUUCCACUUAGCUCUGCACUAUUAAAGGGGGAUGCAGAUGAAAAUGAUUGGUCCGUUUAAUGCAAGUGCCCCGAUACUUGACGAUCCUGAUAUUGCGUCACUGGUUGAAUUUAUUUUUGACCCAGUUGUACCUGAUGAAAUAUUGGUGGAAACGGAUUUUAAUUUCCUCAAUAGAGAUUUGAUUAGAAGCUUGGGUCCGGGUAAGAAGGUGAUGGGUGAGGUGUUGAAUGUUGUUUGCGAGGUGAACACACGUGCAGCUCUGCUAGUGUCAGCAGAAGACGGAAGAGCUUGGUAUUUGAAUACAAGAUUGACAGUAUCUAGAAUUAGCAUUGACAGUUUAUUUCCAGACAAUGGUCGUGAUGAUUCUACGCGGAAGUUUUACUUUGGUGAUUUGAAGAAAUGUCAGCAUAUUUUUAUUCCAAUCCACAAUGACAAAAUAGAACACUGGUUGCUUUUUAUAGUACACAUCAGCGAUGGUAUUGUAGAAAUAUGUGACUCGAUGCUGGACAAACAUGGGUCGUCAACUGGAAGUGAUCUUGUGAAAAUGGUGAUGGAGAAGCUUGAUUACUUACUUGCUGACCAAAUAGCCGACAAAAUGGGGCCUUCUUUUUCAUUCACCCGUUUUUCAGGUUCAGACAAAUGUUGGAGUUCUUCAACAAUCAAAUGGAUAUGACUGUGGCAUCCACGUCAUUAACCGGAUUGAGGGUCGUCACGAGGUCUAUUUCAAACACUCUGUUGUAAGUGUCUUUUAUAUAUGUCGAAGAGGGUUUAAUUCUGCGAAUGAGAGGAUUCGCAUUGCUCUUGGGCUGGUGACUUCUACGCACAACAAAAUUUGGGGCAAUGUUCAGCUUGGUUUCGAUGUGUGGAAGAAGACGAAGAACUAGGGAAUGAGGGGGGGAUUAAAUAGGAAGUUAUUUUAAGUGCAUUUACAGGGGAGUGUUUGACAGUUGUUAUUUUUUGGGACCGCCUGUAUAGGAUGGAAUUGGUUGCACAAGUACUUCAUCUUUUGGGACCGAUACCGGGCCAUUUUGCUCUUUCUCUACUUCAAAUUUUUACAAGUCGGUUGAAUAUUUCUUUCUAACACAUAACACAAUAUAUGGAUGGUGGACAGUCAUGUGAAGAUAUUUUUUAGUUGUACAGACUAACAUUUGUAGAGAUUUUAACUUGUGUGCA